UGCGUACAGCAGUCUGUCAGAAAAACAUAAGAUGGCUAGUAAAAUCGAUAGUAAUUUAAAAGUUAAUCCAGAAAAAGUAUUGCUAGAGACAGAUCAAGGCAUUGUCGACAGUGAAGAAAGGAAGUGGGGAAUGCCCCUAAAAGAAGUAUAUAAACAUGGAGUCUUUUUCUAUAAAGAAAAGGAAGGAAAAGCAAUACAUCUUAGCUAUGAAGACAGGCUGAAACUGGUCGCCUAUACACAACAAACCGCGCACGGUCCAUUUGAUCCCAAUUCUGUACCACCUCUGGGUGUCUUGGAUGUGAUAGGGAGAGAUAGGCAUGCAGCUUGGCAAGCAUUAGGUCAAAUGUCUCAAAUACAGGCUAUGGCUGGCUUUGUCCAUGCUUUAGACAGACUUUGUCCAUUGUUCAAGCCAUAUUUGGAAGCUAUACAGAAGGACAAGGAACAAAAGAUGCAACAAGAGUUGAAACGAGAAGAAGAAGAAAGAUCUCGAAUCGAACUUCAAAAUAGAGUCAUGCUAGAGAAACAGAAGCAGCAAAGUAAUAAAAUAACGGAAGAACAACAAGUGCAAAGGAUAAAGGAUGCCUUAAACGCUCAAACGUAUGAUCAGUUCCUACAAUAUGCCCAACAACAGUUUCCUGGUAAUUUCGACCAGCAAGCCAUAUUGAUUAGGCAACUACAAGAUCAACACUAUCAACAAUAUAUAAAGCAGCUAGCUGUAGAUCAGAGAUUAGCAAAUUCUACCAUACUCAACGAAAGCGGUGACACAGAGAGUGAAAAUGUUAAAAAAGAGGAAAUGGUGAAAGACUGCAACUUAAACGAAACUGAUAUUGUCGCUGUUGUGGACAACAAGUCAAUGCAGACUUUAGAAAAAACUGAUCCAAACGAUUACACCGAAGUCUAUAAAGAAGACGAAUCUGAAGAUGAUGGUCUACCAGCGGUAGAGGAUGCGCGCAUGUGGACUCGUGAUGAAAUAGUUCAAUUCAAAGACUCGGCUCGGUCAAGUGGAGGAAUGUUGACUGUGGGACACGGAGAAACUGUAACUAUAAGGGUUCCUACGCAUCAUCGCGCCAGGUGUAUCUGUUGGGAGUUUGCCACGGACAAAUACGAUAUUGGUUUCGGUCUUUAUUUUGAAUGGAGCAAAUCUCCGACUUCAGAAGUGACGGUUCACGUGUCAGAAAGCGACGAAGAAGAUGAAGCAGAAGAGGAGGUGUACGGUGAAGAAGAACUUACGGUUCAGGAUUCGAACUCUGAUCCUGAGUUGGGCAGCGAUAGGCGAGUGCUAAGUGCGGUGAGGCCGCCCGUCAGCCUCGUGGUGCCGGUCUUCCGACGCGACUGUCACACAGAGGUAUACGCGGGCUCCCAUACUUAUCCCGGUGAAGGAGUAUAUUUACUUAAGUUCGAUAAUACGUACAGUCUUUGGCGAUCGAAAACAUUGUAUUACAAAGUAUAUUACACCCAAUAGAUUUACUUAAAAUGUAUUAGAAAUAUUAUAACCAUGACACGCGAAAGUAGUUGUGUUAACGUCGAAAAGUAAUGAAGUUUACCUUUAAAUAUAAUAUUAUUUAAUGCGAUGGGUUUAUAGACAAUAUGAAUAAUGUUUUCUAUAAUUAUACGCAGCUACUGUCAAUUUUCCAAGAGUAGAAAUGAUGACACCAAACAAUGUGCAAUAAAUUAAAUAUAUACUAUUAUUGUUUUAUUGUAUGUAAUGAAACUAAAAUGAAUCAAGUAUUAAUGAAAAUUAAAUAUAUUUUUUAACGAAACCUUUGAACUGCUUGAUGUUAAUGACGUUUCAGAGGAAAAUAUACAUUUAUAAACGCAAUGUAUCAAAAUAGCGUGUAAAUUUUAUAUAUUAUGUGCCAUUAUGUGGUUUUAAUAUUUAAUUACUGUUAAAUAUUUAUAUUCUAUUCAAUUAUUUUAAUUAAUUUAAU